AUGAAUGUGACGGAUAACAGUUUAACUGAGCCGGAGCAUUCCAUGAGAAUUGGAGAGAUUGUGGAAACUGCCCUUCUCGGACUUAUCUGUGUUGUAGGUACUCUUGGAAAUCUUCUAGUAGUUGUAGCUGUAUUUACAUCCCCAGCCCUUCAAGUCAGGCAGAAUGUCUUCAUCUUUCUUCUUGCGAUUACUGACCUUGUCACGGCGGCAAUUUUAACGCCGUGUUUCAUGCUUUGCCUUGUUAACGGCGGAUGGCCCUACGGAGAAAACGCUUGUAUUUUCAUUGGAUAUGUAACAAUCUUGAGUGUUGCCAUGUCUGGUUUGACGGUCAACUGCAUAGCGGUUUGUCGUUAUGUGACAGUCGCAUACACCAACCCUGUACGACGCAAAGUCAUGCAUGGUAGGGUAGUAUUAUCGGCUUCGACAUCUCUAUUAGUGAUGGCAAUCGUAGCAGUACUCCUUCCGAUCUUCGGGAUCGGUGAUGUCGGCUACAAUAAAGUGCUGGGACAUUGUUCUUUAAGGUACUCCGAUCCGCACGAAUGGUACUACUGUGCUGCGUUAAUAACAUUCGGAUUCAUAGCGACGUUCGUCAUCGUUCCGACUUGUUACGGCCUAAUUUUCUGUAAAGUCCGCAAGAGCAGAAGGUCCAUCGAAAGCAUGAGCUUAGCAAGUCGAACGACACCAACCUCUAGCGUAGAACAUUCAACCAAGCAAAGUAACAAGUCUAAUAACAAAUCAGCAAAUAACUACAAUCCACAGCGGAGCAUGAGUCGUUAUGAAGUCAAGCUUUCCAAGAAACUUUUUGCUCUCUUCAGUCUCUUUGUUUUGUGUUGGAUACCCUAUACUGCGACCGUUCUUGCGGACAAGCAUUCCACAGUGCCCUUACAGGUUCACCGCGCAACAAACUUUUUCAUUUGGAUAAACCCUUGCAUCAAUCCAUUUCUCUAUGCCUGGAUGAUACGAACAUAUCGAAAAUCAUAUGAAAGACUAUUCAGUUACAUACUUUGUCGGGAACAGUCUUUUUGUCAGUAA